AUGUUUGCACCGUCAACCCAUCCAUGGACUGCCGGAACGACCGAAAUUAAAGUGCGAGGGAGCGUUUCUGUGCGACCGGCUUACCCGUUGCAGUUUAGUCGGAAAAUCUCCAUGGCAGUUUUUUUCGCCAUUGUCUUUUAUUCGGGGGUCCAUUCGGCACAGCUGCCAAAAGCGAAACCGGCGAAAACGACACCAACAACAGCACAGUGGUCAAUAUCAGUCCAGCCCGGACAGCAAUCCAAAAUCUCCCAUCCAACUAAAGUUCCACCACCACCACCACCACCACCGUCCACAUUUACCUCCGCCUCGCCCGCUGACAUUCGGCAGGGGAAUUCGUCUGGAUACGCGUCUACCUUUCUACAUCUCCCUUUGUUGACAUCGCGCCACGUCAUCGUAAAACUGGCUUUCUUCUUGCCUGAUCCUUUUUUCUGUAAUCAAGUCCACCUUGAACACCUACAACGCUGGACGCGAAAUGUUGCUCGGGCAACGGAAGAGCUUUUCAUAACCGGUUCAAGCCCCGACGGUCCCGGCACAACUUCGGGAAAUACUCUUACCGGUUCUUCACAAGCCAAAGCCACUGUGACUGAGGACAGUGGGCGAGGCCCGACUUUGAAACUUAGCUGGCACCCGGUUUGUCGAGAUGCAGCUGCUGAACUUUCCCCGAUUUACGGACGGAAAACCCCGGACCGGGUCGGUAGUAAAGCAGAAAACCGAAAGACAGACCGUAGAGAAGACGGACGAAUUGGAAAGAGAUACCGUGAUGCCAUUCUUUACAACCUAUUUCAAGAUCCAGACACGUGCGUCGUGGUCAGUACGCCCUUAGGAAGUGCUGCCAGGUCAAGAAGAAAGGGUCAUCACAGGCGUGAUGUUCAAAUUAAUUUACAACACAAGAUGUCCAGCAGCCAUUUGAAAUAUUUCGAUGACACGGGCAGUUUAUCUUCAGCAACCUCGCAGGAGGUCUACGAUGGAGAGAGGAUAGUGUACACAUGGGAUGAUGAGGAUUCCGAAGACGUUCAAUCGAAGGAUGAGGAUUAUUACCACGAUGUCUCUUCAAUGGCUUCGAUCCUGUGGCAAAAAUCGUACAUCGGUGCGUCGGGGACGGCGGCCAUGCACGAUGCCCAGGCUGAACCGGUGUUCACUCUGACGGCAACGAUUUCAGGGAUGGGCAAAGCGCUGGCAGCGUUGCUUGACCAUCUUAAAUGGCAGCAUGUCGUCAUUUUGUCCGGCAAAGAAAAAUAUUGGUCAGAGUUUGGCACAAGAAUAUUUGUCGAACUCACCAGAAGAAAUUUCAAAGUGAAGUCGUUUUCAUUUGAUUCGGAUAAUUUACUUUUGGACACAAUGGGGGCCGACAAGAAUUUCAGCUCUUCUGAUAAAGGUAAGCAUUUCUUAUCUAUCCCAGCCGCUUAA